GCCCCUGGAUUGUCAGACGGCGGGCGUCUGCCUCUGAAGUUAGCCGUGAUUUCCUCUAGAGCCGGGUCUUAUCUCCGGCAGCACGUUGCCUGUGGGUGACUAAUCACACAAUAACAUUGUUUGGGGCUGGAAUAAAGUCGGAGCUGUUUACCCCCACUCUAUAGGGGUUCAAUAUAAAAAGCCGGCCGAGAGCUGUCCGAGCCAGACGCGUUCCUGCACCAACGCUGCCAGCACUACCCAGACUAAACUGCUGUCCUAGCGCACUGCCUCCCAGGCUGCCCGCGACGCUUUCGCUCCGGUGAGAGGGCCACUUGCUGCGGACCGCGCUGAGAUCUCAACAACCAGAGGCGAUCACAGCGACCAGACACCGUCCUCUUCGUUUUGCACUGAGUUCCAUUUGCGAUCGAGUUUUUUUCUUUUUUCUUUUCUUUUUUCCCUUCUUCUUUUGAUCCCUUUGCAGAAUGGAUUAUUUUCCCGUGAUCUUCUCUUUGCUGUUUGUGGCUUUCCAAGGAGCUCCAGAAACAGCUGUCCUAGGAGCAGAGCUCAGCCCCGGAGCUGAGAAUGGAGGGACGAGCUCCCCUCCCAGCACAUCCUGGAGACCCCGCAGGUCCAAGCGUUGUUCCUGUUCUUCCUUGAUGGACAAGGAGUGUGUCUACUUCUGCCACCUGGACAUUAUCUGGGUCAACACUCCCGAGCGUGUUGUUCCAUAUGGACUGGGAAGCCCUUCCAGGUCCAAGCGUUCCUUGAAGGACUUCCUUCCCACAAAGGCCACCAACCAUGGGAAUAGAUGUCAGUGUGCCCACCCAAAGGACAAGAAGUGCUGGAGUUUCUGCCAAGCAGGAAAGGAACUCAGAGCCCAGAACACCAUGCAGAAAGGCUUAGGAGACAUCGGGAAAAGAGACGCUUAUUCCAAGCCGGGAAAGAAGUCUAUCUAUCAGCAGCUGGUGGAAGGAAGAAAAGUCCGAAGGUUGGAGGCCAUCAGCAACAGCAUCAAGACAUCGUUCCGUGUCGCAAAGUUGAAAGCUGAACUCUACAGAGACCAGAAGUUGACACACAACCGAGCACAUUGACUACAGAGCUUCCUGGUGUUGUGGAAGGCACCACUUCUGUCGAGCAGGCCCCGUGGCUGACUCUGAACUCUCCAUGCUGGCUGGGAUCUUAGCAAGAACAGCCGUCUGGCUUCUACAGUUUCUCGUUCCAACUGGCAAAGGACCAGCAUCCCUGCUCCAAGCAUUCCAAGAAAAGUUGAGGUGUUCCCCAACCUGUCUUUAUUUGCAUCUUCUGGUA